CAACACUUAAUUGUCCUAUAACUUCAAGAUAGCACCGUCCCUCACCUGAAUCUUUAUAUAAAUUCAAUUCCCCAUCGCGGUCCUGCAAUCUUUCAACAUGCCCAAAGCACUACUACUCAUCGCGGAUGGGAGUGAGGAGAUUGAAUUUGUUAUACCAUAUGAUGUCUUCACACGUGCGGGCUUCGAAGUCAAAUCGGCAGGCGUGCAGCUCAAGAAUGAGAAUUGGGCUCACUGCACCCGCAACAUCCGAAUCGUCCCUGAUCACCACUCACUCUCCUCUGUCCCUCACCAAAAUGCCCACGAAACCUUCGACAUCCUAAUCCUCCCGGGCGGCGGCCCCGGUGCGAAAACUUUCUGCUCUAGCGAACCCGUUCUCGCGCUCAUCCAUGAGUUUCGAAAGGCGGGGAAGUAUGUUGCGGCUAUCUGUGCGGGUACGACGGCGCUAGUGGCGAGCCAGAAGAUGUUUGGAGGCGAGAAGGGGAGGGCGACGAGUCAUCCUAGUGUAAAAGGUGAGGUGGAGGGGGAGGGAUGGGAGUAUAGUACGGAGCGGGUGGCGGUAGAUGGGAGAAUGGUUACUAGUAGGGGACCGGGCACCGCGAUGCUCUUCGCCCUCACUAUCGUCGAGUUGCUGUGUGGCAAGGAAAAGCGCGAUGAAGUCGCCGGUCCAAUGAUUGUGGCCGAGACUUUGUGAAAAUCUCUCCCAUAGAAGAAACGCAUGGUACAAGGGUGUCUACGAAGGUGAGCUUGACCAAAUACAAUAAACGAUGACAUGAAUCACGAGUGAUAGAAAUAGGACGUGGGAGACGAAUAAAUAUAUAUGCAAAUAUGCAAAUAUACUCUAG